GGUUAUUUGUUUCCUUUCUCUUGAGAAACAUCUGUUUAUGUUAUCAGAACUUCAAAGAAAACCCAAAAACCUCCAAGGAAUCGAGAAAUAUUUAAUAAUAUAAUUGUAACAUAAUGAAUAGUUUGGGCAAGGAUUGCAAUGAACUAAAAAGGCAAUACGAUGCCUGUUUUAAUAUGUGGUUUACGGAACGAUUUCUCAAAGGAGAUAGUGAUGAAAGCAUGUGUGCUCCUAUAUUUAAAAUUUAUCAAGAAUGUGUGAAGAAAGCAAUGCAGGAGCAACAUAUCGAGUUACGUGAAAUUGAAGCUGAUUACAAUGCUGGCGAUCGCGACAAUCCUGAUACUAAGCCCGAUCACACGAAAAGUUGACCAAUACUGGACAGUGAUUACAGUACUUCCAGGCAAUCACAAGCUCACAAACGUAGCACUUCAUUUUAAGAUUUACGUUAGCCGACAGUAGGUAUGACAGUGGAAGCUUUAAAAAAAAAAAAGAAGAAAAUUAGAGUAGCAAAUAUAUUUGUUAAGAAAUACAAAUCUAGAA